AAUGGCGCGGAAUUUAUUUUCUAUAUUUCAUUAAAAUAAAAAAUUAUCCCAGCCGAAAAUUAUAUAAAAUAGGUAUUAUAGUUGUAGAGCGCAGCUAAUUUAAAAUGUCUGAAAAGAAAUGGACGCUGGACGUCGAUUCCAAUCAAUACGAUUUGGUGUCAGGAAAAUUAUAUUUGAUUGGAUGCUGGAAAGAUGGGGAAAACAUCAAACAAUGUGUGGACAUUCCGCUAAAAUCACAGAGUGUGGACACAAAGCACUGCAUUGUCGAUGUUUCCAGCAGUAAGAUAUAUAUAUUUGAUUUAUAUAGUGCUUCCGGAACUUUUGUGAAUAACAAACGUUUGAAUCCGAUGAUGAAGGAAAGUAUAAAUGUUAAUUCUGAAUUGCGAUUUGGUGAAUUAAGAGGAAGAUUGGAGGAAAUAGAGAAUUUAAAUUUCGCAGACCCAUUUCUGGCACCGACACAAAGAGCACCAAGAUCUUCAUUGUCUAACACGAGUACUCGGUUAUUUAGCUCCCCAGAUGUGUCACUGUUGAAUGAUACGAGAAAUGAGAGUUUUGAAAUUCCUGAAACUCAAAACAUAAAACAAAGAGCUUCUAUUGAAAACUCAAGUAUAUUAAGUUCUUCACGCAAUCCAUCAUAUGAUGGAAAAAGUUUUUGUGACGAAUCUUUUAUACCAGAAACUCAAAUGCCUUCUAAACCCGAACAAUCCUAUGAAGCCUCGGAAUUAGGUUCAAAUUUACAAAAAUCCAGCGAUUUUAUUCGAAUCUGCACUCAAGAUUUCAAUGAGAACUUAUUUGAAGAUGGUGACGAUGAUGAGGCAAUGUUUUCAUCUUUGGUCAUACCAAAUAUUCAACACAAACCAGUUAUAUUGACUGAUGUGACAUUGAAUAUGGAUAUAGAUGAAGAUGUAUCACAAUGUGAUAAAUGUGAUGUUGAAAUUGAGGCAUUGAACACUCAAGCACCAAAAAAUGGAAUAUCGAACGACACCGCUCAAAAUACGAUAUGCACAGGGCGAGACGAUGUUUGUACUCCAGAUUUAUUUGAUUUACCAGAAAUCGCACAAGUUAAUGUGCAAGCUAAUACCAAUGGAUCGACGGGAGAAAAUCUUGAAAAAGAUAUUUUUAAGGAAAGCCAAGUGAAUGAAGUAAUUGCUGGUGAUGGAUAUGCGGAGGAAGUCGAUAUGAUGGCCACACAGGUAUUUGUGCCUAUAUCAAAGCAACCAGCUGAUAAAGUGACUGGCCUCACCCGUUCUGGCGAAGAAUUAUCAUUAAGCGGAAAAGAAAAUAUUGCUAACACAGAUUUCAGUCUGGAACAAACACAGGUUUUUGCACCAAUUAAAGAAGUGAAUUUAGUAGCUUCUAGAUCUUUUGAUAAGAGUGCAACGACUACAAUUGAAAAUAUCCAUGAGAAUAACAGUUUGUUGGCGCCCACUCAAAUAUUUACAAGUAAUUUGAAUGAUUCAGUGAGCCAAUCAAAAAUCUGGAAUAAAACAGAACCAAAUGAUAAGACAAUUAAGCCCGCGGUGGGACCAAAGCUCAAUUUAACAAUAACCCCAAGUGAAAUUAAGUCAAAAGCAGAAAGUGAUGGUAACUAUUCGAACGAAACAGAUAACGGUUCUGCAAGAAAAGAAGGAGAACAAGCUUUAUUCAAAAAGCCAAAGUUAAAUAAAAUAAAUAAAGGAGCUAAAGGAAGUACUUCUAGUAUAAACAGCUCACAAUCGGAAGCUGAAGGAUCGCUCUUAUGUACACCUAAAUGGAUUUGUGAAAAAUUUGAUUUACUUUCUGAGGAACAUGUUAAAAAGCCUAUUCAUAAACGUAACCUAUUUGGAUCUGAUUCUGAGGAGGAAUCAUUGGAGUUAAACAAAUUGGAUAAAAGAAAAGACUCUACCGAUUUUGACAAACUACUGUGUAAUGUGAAAGAAAAACAGCCUCUUACGAAAUAUGUUCCGGCAAAAAGUCCUUUGAUUAAACAGGAGGAUCGGGCUGAUGUUAAAAAAAUUAUUAGCAACAAAAAAGAUCAAAGUGCUAACGAGGAGGCGAUUUUGGAAGAAAAAUUAUAUUUAAAGAAACCAAAAAGUUCACCACCGUCAAUUAAAAAGUCAACUAAGAAAAAUUCUAAAACUGAUGGAAAGGUUGAACCAUCUUUAGGCAAUCGACGGAGUAGUGGAAGAAAUAAUAGGCAAGUUGAAGAAGAUGAAAAAAGAGAAGAACGUAAGAAGUCAACGAAAAAUAUUUCAAAGAAAGCUGAACACAAACAUGAAAUAGAAGCGGUAUCACGAAAAGUUGAUCACAAAAAAGGAGUAGAAAAAAACGAGAAACAUAAGAAGCCGACCAAAAAUGGAUCACCAAAAGGUGAAAAUGCAGAUGAAAUUGAAGAGGCACCUACGAGAAGAAUAACGAGACUUAAGUCCAGAACUAGUGAUAGGGAUAAUGAUACAGCAACCUAUUCAACAGCUGGACCUACACCAGCGAAACUGCCAAAAAUUGACCAUACAGAAGAGCCAGAAAUCAGCAAAAAACGCGUUACUCGCUCACGCUCCAAAACCGAUUCUCAAGAAAGUAUUACGUCGACAAAAUCAACAUCCUCAUCCUCAUCGCGCAGUGCAUCAAAAAAGAAUGUUCGAGAAGUCGAAAAACGGGUAAAAAAUAAUUCCGACGCUAAAGAUGACAAAACUUCAGCCAAUGUGUCAAAUACUAGUAAGGUGCUUGAAAAUGACGAACCGGAAUCUAAAACCUCUGCAAAAGAUGACAAUCGCAAACGUGUUGCGGGGGAACCAUCAGUUGAGGAAAGCAAAAAAUUGAGGAGCAAUGCACGUAUCUUGCAGAUUGCAAUGACUAUGGUUGAACCAACGUUAUUUCAAAGUUUGGUUCAAAACUCACCGGGCAAUUGGUGCGUGGCAAAUGAUCCCACUGAUGCGGAUGUUCUAGUUAUGGAUAAAGGCAAUCGAACACUAAAGUUUUUAAUUGCAAUGGCCAAAGGCAUACCGAUUGUGACAUCAAAGUGGCUGCAAUCGUUCAAUAGUACAAAAACGGUACCGCGUGGAAUUACAGAUUUUUUCAGAGACCACGACUUUGAAAAACGACACAAAUUCUCUUUAUUUAAAUCAUUGGAAUUGGCUAGAACUCAAAAGCUGUUUGAGGGCUAUGAUUUCCUAACAACCCCUAGCAUUUUGCCACGCCCAUCAGAAAUUAAACAGAUUAUCGAAUGCGCCGGGGGUAAAGUACAUGACGAGACACCACCGCCGAAAAGCGAUCAAAAAAUUUAUGUUAUUUCAACAUUGAAUGAUAAAAAAUAUUGGCACAAAUAUCGACGAAGCAAUGCGAAUAUCCGUAUAACUGAUAGUGAAGGUGUAAUGGCGUCGGUUAUGCGACAAUCUACCCAUCCACUGGAUUUAAAUGUAUUUGCAUAAGACGAUCGUGGAAAACAAUGCCAAUUUCGUUAGUCAUUUUAGCACCAGUGUCCAGUUGUUGUGUGUGUAUUCUUAAAUUUGCAGUGUUUUACUUAUGUAUUUCAGUCUAUGUUUUUUAUAAAUACAAUAUACUUAUUAAUGCGCGGAA